AAACCCCUCUUCAGCUGUAAAGGACAUUUCGCAAUUCCGGAAAAGAAAAGAAAAAAAGAAAGAAAAGGAAAAUGAAAGUUAAGCGUUGCUGGUUACCAGCCUAUAUAUGGACUUCGACUGAUGCCUGCCUUUAAUUGGGAAAGAAAGCGGUUGCAGGAUGCAGUCUCUCUGCGGACGCAUUUCCAACUACUUCGUAACUUCAUCCGCUCGACGGAUCGCAGAUCGCCGUCUCCUCGCCGGUAGGAGUUGCAGCACAUCAGCAUGCGUGCCAGAGAUAGCUGGAUAUGAGGGGGUCGCUGAUCAUGGCGGACUCCAUGGGUUCUCCGUGGCGCAGACGGAGCGGUUUUGGGGCGCGGUGGCGCGUAGCAGACUCUCGUGGAACUCCCCGUUCCACACCGUGCACGACUGCGACCUGAGUCAGGGCAAAAUCAGGUGGUUUCUGGGAGGAAAACUCAACGUAUCCGUGAACUGCCUGGACCGUCAUGCUUGCGCCUUCCCAAACAGAGUGGCUUUAAUAUGGGAGAGAGAUGAGCCAGGGUCAGAGGUCAAGGUCACCUACAGACAGCUACUGGAACUGACGUGCCGCCUGGGUAACCUGUUCAGAAGGCAUGGUGUGAAGAAGGGGGACUGUGUCACCCUCUACAUGCCCACCUGCCCCCUGGCUGUGGCAUCUAUGUUGGCCUGUGCCCGCAUCGGUGCUGCCCACAAUGUGGUGUUUGCAGGGUUCAGCGCAGAGGCCCUUGCAGACCGUAUCAGAGACGCCCAGUCCAGCAUGGUCAUCACAGUCAACCAAGGCGUAAGAGGAGGAAAGGUCGCUGAGCUGAAGAAGACAGUGGAUGUGGCAGUCCAGAGCUGUCCCUCAGUGAAACAGGUGUUUGUUGCUUUGAGGACAGAGAAUCCAGUAGGCAUGACAUCCAGGGACGCCCUCCUGGAGGAGGAGCUGCAGAAGGAGGAUGUGGUGUGUGAACCUGCUGCCAUGGACAGCGAAGACGUGUUAUUCCUACUUUAUACAUCAGGCAGCACAGGGAAGCCUAAAGGACUGGUCCACACACAGGCGGGAUACUUGCUUUACGCGUUACUCACACACAAGUAUGUCUUUAACUACCAUGAUGGGGACGUGUUUGGCUGCGUGGCGGACAUCGGCUGGAUAACAGGACACACCUACACCGUCUAUGGGCCCUUGGCCAACGGGGGAACCACUGUCUUGUUUGAGAGCACUCCCGUAUAUCCCGACCCAGGGAGGUACUGGGAGAUGGUUCAACGACUGAAGAUCAACCAGUUUUAUGGGGCUCCCACCGCAAUCCGCCUGCUGCUGAAGUACGGAGACCAGUGGGUGCAGAAAUAUGAUCGCUCCUCACUGAAAAUCCUGGGCUCUGUGGGCGAGCCCAUCAACACGGAGGCAUGGGAGUGGUACCACAGAGUGGUUGGGGGAGGACGUUGCUCCGUGGUCGACACCUGGUGGCAAACAGAAACAGGUGGCAUCUGCAUUGCCCCGAGGCCAUCAGACCCAGAUGCUGUGAUUGUCCCAGGAAUGGCCAUGAGACCCUUCUUUGGCAUCAAGCCGGUGCUCAUGGACAAAGAGGGUGCGGUGCUGAGCACCAAUGACACAUCUGGAGCGCUGUGCAUAGCCCAGCCUUGGCCUGGUAUGGCCCGCACCAUUCAUAAUGACCACCAGAGAUUCACUGAGACCUACUGCCAGCCGUACCGCGGUUACUUCUUCACUGGUGAUGGCGCCUACCGCUGCAAAGAAGGUUAUUACCAGAUUAUUGGUCGUCUUGAUGAUGUCAUCAAUGUGAGUGGUCACAGGAUUGGGACUGCAGAGCUGGAGGAUGUAGUGAACCGAUGUCGUUGGGUUGCUGAGUCGGCCGUCAUAGGUUACACACAUGACAUUAAAGGCCAAGGUGUGUAUGCAUUCGUGGUACUAAAGAAAGAGGUGGAUGUCCAAGAGGCUGACUUGGUCCAGCAUCUCAAAGACAUGGUGUCUAAAAGUAUAGCCAAGUACGCCUGUCCAGACUUCAUCCAGUUUGUCCCGCGUCUCCCGAAGACACGCUCAGGCAAGAUAAUGCGCCGGGUGCUGCGAAAAGUGGUGGAGCACGACGUGGAUGGGUUGGGUGACCUCAGCACGUUGGAGGACCCUGCCACAGUCCAGGAAGUCAUCCAAGGUCACCAUCAUCUCUUUAGUAAAACACACCAGCAAUAAUUUUUUUUUAAACCAAACAGAUUCUCGUCUGGAGUCUAGCUAUAUUGAUGUCCAUACCUUUCCAUUUAUUUUUAUUAUUUGCUGUACUCCAAUUACUUUUCCAUUCCAUUAAACUAAACAAUUUUUCUUCUUCAAAAAACAAAGUUGUUUUUUUUUUUGAAGACGAAGAAUGUGUCGCUUUAUUAAGAAUGAAGAAUCGGCAAACUACUGCUGGCCAUUGCUUAAUAACUGUUGGUCACUGUGGGACUGUUUUAGUUUGAAAAUUAGAAUUUUUAUGUAAUGAGAAGAGAGAAAAAGUGAGAUAAAACUGUAUAUACGUAGCUGCAUUUAUGCAAGUUGUAUAACCAUUCAAAGAACACCACUCAUGAGUAAUUAACAAAGAUACAAACUGUUUUAUUAAAGCAUUAACUCUAACUUUUUUUUAAAGUAAUGACUGUGAACAAAACAGAAUUAAAAUUGUGUAGUAUUUCAUUAAAAAAAAA